CUCUGCACGGGCAAAUCACCGCUCUACUUAGCUCGACAUACUUAUAUCUGAACACACACACCUGCGUACGCACACACACACACACACACACACACACAUAUUCAAAACGUACUUACCCAUAAGAAGCGCAGCUUUACAAGAUAGAGACACCACAACACUUGAAAACAGGUGUCUGGUUCCGUUUCAUCCGUAAAAUGUGCGGAAGAACUGCUUGCACUCUUGCUCCUGACGAGGUGAGACGAGCUUGCACCUACAGAAACCGAAGCGGAAAGCGGAGACGGCCCCGGUGGAGGGAUGGGGAUGCGGACAAAUACCGACCCUCUUACAACAAGAACCCCCAGUCCAUGAGUCCAGUCCUGUUGUCCAAGAAGCAUUUCGAUAAGGAUGCUCCUGUGGAUGAGUUUGUGUUGGCCUCAAUGCGUUGGGGUCUUGUACCUUCCUGGUUCAAAGAGGAUGAUCCAAGCAAGAUGCGCUACAGCACCAGCAACUGCCGCAGCGAGAAUAUACUGGAGAAGAAAUCGUACAAGGACCCAAUGAAAAAAGGACAGCGCUGCGUCAUCCUGGCUGAUGGUUUUUAUGAGUGGAUGAGGGUGGAGAAAACCAAGCAGCCUUUCUUCAUCUACUUCCCCCAGACUCAUGGAUCCAGUCAGGAGAACACAGGGGAUCAGGAUGACCCCAAGACCUCAGCUCGCAGUAAGGAGGGGGAAGCACCAGGUAAAUGGAGUGGUUGGAGGCUGCUGACUAUGGCUGGACUGUUUGACUGCUGGACACCUCCAGGUGGUGGAGAACCCCUUUACAGUUACAGUGUAAUCACUGUGAAUGCUUCCCCAAACCUGCAAAACAUUCAUGACAGGAUGCCAGCAAUCCUGGAUGGAGAGGAUGAAGUGAGAAGAUGGCUUGACUUUGGGGAGGUGAAGUCUCUAGAUGCCCUGAAACUUCUCCAGUCUAAAAACAUUUUGACUUUUCAUCCUGUCUCUUCGCUAGUCAACAACACACGCAACAACUCUCCGGAGUGCCUUCAGCCAGUGGAUCUUGGCAGCAAAAAGGAGCCCAAACCCACAGCCAGCAGUAAGAGGAUGAUGAGCUGGCUGGCAAGCAGUUCUCCUUCAAAGAGAAAGGAGUCCAGCACACCUGAGAGUAAAGAAAGCAAGGCAGAGACCCCGUCCAAGUCCAAAGGAGCACUUCAGCAGUGGCUUCAUGGAGCCAAUAAGAAACAAAGAACCAAGUGAAGAUAUGAACCUUGAAGACCACCUAGGCCUUAUUUACACUGUACACUAUGCACUGUAUGGUCAGGUUUUGUAUUAGUUAAUGUCUCGUAUGUAAAAAAAGAAUGCUUCACAGGUUGUUCCAUUAAUAAAUAUCAGAAAUAAACACA